ACGUUAAAAAAAUGAUGAUCAAUUAAAAUGGAACCAUAAUUUUUACAGUGUUCGUGUCAUAAUUUUGUUGUACCAAAUUACGAAGGCCAAAAUAGGUUUGUCGUAUAUCUGAUUGCACAUCGGAUAGAGUAACGUGAUCGUAAAACGAUAUGAACUAGCAUAAACGCAGAGCUAAAGGGCACGAGCUGCUGUAAUGUUUGCUCAUAGUGACCACGGUUUAGAACCCAAACGCCAAGCUGUGAUUGGUAGAAACAAAUCGUGCCUGAAGGAUGGCGUCGCCUCAUGCCUCAUCGCGACUUCAAGUGAUGCAGGCCCGCUUUCAACAGAAGCAACUUCAAGAGAAGGAGCAGAAAUUGCUGCAGCUCUAUGACCAGCAGCAACAGCGAGCUCAUCAAGUCGCACAGAGAGGCAGUGCUGGGUCCAAUACCUCCAAUCAGGGUUCCACUAUGAAUCAGACGGUCACCAGUACUACCUCAACUACACGUACCACCUCCACCUCCCAUGGUGGAAAGGUGAGGCAAAUGUUUGAUGAACGUCGUCAAACAACCGUGAAAGGAAUUGACAGAAGUUAUCCCCUGGAACCUCUAGAUAAUAAGCCCAAAAAGCAAAUAACUAGCAAUGGAUUCACGCCUGUCAAAGGCAAAAAUAUUUCCCGACAUACUGUCACCACUGUCAAAAGAACAGCACGUGCUGAUGUCAAUAGUAAUGUUAAUGGUGGAAAACCAGUCGUUUCUUAUCAUGAAGAAGUUAGUCGGGAAUCCUAUGGAGACAAUCAGGACGAUAACGAAUUUGCAAACGAAAACGAUGUCGGACAAUACCUUAAUGGAAAUUGUCAAAAUCAAAACGAGUUACAGAGUGACGAUGAGGAGACAUUGGAAAGAAAUCAAAUGAUUUCGAAUAUUCAUUUGAUGGGUUUCGAUAAAGGCUUUCAAAAUAGGGUAGUAAGUGAUCUUGAAAGUGAACAAUUUCCAGAGGAUUUAAUGCUCGAAGUUCCUGAAAAGGUGCCAAGGAAACCAAUUUCGAAAAAACUUUCCCAGGCAGAACUCAGACUCGAGCGUUUUAAAAAUUCGAAUGCAAAUUCAAAAAAAAAUAUUGUCUCGAGGACCACGAAUUCGUCGGUGACGAGAAAACGUCCGGAUCCUCGUUUCCCCGCACAAACGACCACCAGAGAUUCACCGCCUACGAAGACCAGGAAACGAGACCAGGAAACUUCCAACACCAGAUGCACUCCGGGAAAAAAAAGAAGAGAUCCAAGUUCGAGUCCGACGAGAGAUAAGAAAAUCCUGCGUUCCAGACAAAGUCUCGAGACCCCAGAAUCCAUCGAGCUAUGUCCUGCAAGAUUUGAUAACUAUGAAGAGCAAUCUUCUCAAGUUUCUACAGGAUCGGCAGUUUAUUUUAAUCAGAUUCAAAAUCACAGUGAACUGAAAUCCACCUUUUUAAUCAGGGAAGUUAUUCAAGGAAGUAGACCGGAAAUUAAUGAAGAUGACAAAGAAAAUGAGGUUCUGAAAAUAGAAGAAAGUGAUGAAGAUACUUUUAAAAUAGAAGAAAUAGAAGACGAGCCUUUGAAGAUUGAAGAGGAAGAAACUGAAGCAUGGAAGCAAAAUCAAAAAAAGAAGUCCAUCUCAGGAAGAGAAAGUCCCAGAAAAUUUUCCAAGUCAGGAAUCUCAAGAAAAUUUUCAAUCGAAAGAACACCUAGCCCGGCUUUUAAGAAACCAGAAACUGAAAGCAGCCUAGAAGAAAAUUCGAAAAGUCAUUACGACCAAUUCUCUUUUCUAUCUCAAGGAAAAGAAGAAACAGCACAAGAAAAAAGAAGAGAACUUGAAAAAAGAAGGGAAUCGAAAACUCGAGAACCUGAAAAAAGACGGGAAUCAAAAACUCGAGAACCUGAAAGAAGAAAAGAAUCCAUAAAAAUAAAAGAAGUUGAGAAAAGAAGGGAAUCAAAAACGAAAGAACCCGAGAAAAGAAGAGAAUCUAUAAAGCAAAAAGACACCGAAAAACCAGAAGAAGAAAUUUUCAUAGACGAUAACUGUUUCCGGAAAAGGGAACGAAAAAAGAUUAAAGAUUCAAUUCGUGAGAAGCUCAGUAAAGAUCUUCAAAAUGUAAUCAAAAAUCGAUUUAUUCUUCCAGUGAAGAAACCAGUGAAGAAAAAAAGUCAAGACGAAUCUAGAAAUGUUAAAAUCAAUGUUGAAAAAUAUAGAGAUGACAAACAACUUGAAAACAAAGCAGAGAAAUGCAUGUCUGAGUCUGAAAAUUUUGUUUCAAAUUUAGACUUUAGUCGAGGAUCUUCUCCUGAAAAAGUUUUUGAACGUCCUUCUGAUUAUCAGGAAAUCAUAAUCGAGGAUCAAGCGAUUCAUGCCAGAAGGAGAAGUACCCCGAGUCCACUACCUAAGAUUAAAAGUAGGAGAGAAUCUGUUGAGUAUUUGGAAACUAUUAGUUCUGCCGCUAAAAGAAAACCUAGUUUUGAAAUUAGAAAAUUAAGUGGAGUUGAACGAAGCCUUGGAAAAGAGAAGAAAAUUGCAAUGGAGACAGAAAAUCAAAUAAUAGAAGGAAAAAGAAAGUCUAUUGAUUUGGAUAAACCCCUUCGAUCAAUCCAACUUGUUAAACAAGCCAAUAAAACCAAACGUCUAUCUUUGGAAGAAGUGGAAAAUUUUUCGGAAGAGAUAAGAGAUCACAAAAUUGUCAAAAAGCAAGAAGCGAUUUUUGACAUUUCUGAUGAAUUGAAAGAGCAAGCUGAAGAAUCUGAAAUGAACGAUUUUGAAGCCAAAAUGAGAGAAGUUGAAGCAAAGAGAAGAGAAGUAGAAAAUAAAAUGAAAGAAAUAGAAACGAAAAAACGAGAAGUUGAUACCAAGAUAAGAGAAGUAGAAGAAAAACAAAAAGAGUUUGAAUUCAAAAAAUUAGAGGUCGAAAAUAAGAAAAAAGAAGUAGAAACCAAAAUGAAAGAAAUCGAAACCAAAAUAAAAGGAAUUGGAGUCGAGGAAGAGGAGAAAAUUAUCAAAAAAGAGAUUAAACCGGUAUCGAAAAAAAGUUCUAGUUUGCAAUUUGAUCUCAAAGUGAGGCAAACUGGAAGAAAAUCUACAGAAAAGAGACCAGGAACUUUGGAUAGGAAGAAAAGCAUUCCGAAAUCUGAAGAUGAAGUUGAUAAUAUUGUGAUCCACAAAGUUGUGAAGGAAAUUGAAAUUGGAAUCCCGUCUAAAAGAAUUCUUGCACGACAAAAUUCUGACGAAAAAUUCCAAUCAAAUUUUAGAACUUUAUCUAGAACUUCUCCCAUUCCUAAAGUUCGAAGAACUUCUUCAAAGUCAGAAUCUGUAAAAUCACCUCAAAAUGAUAAAGUAAAAUUUGAGUAUAAGACUCAAUCUGAAAUCGAUUUAGAAAAUAUAGAAGGAUUUGAAAGAACCGAUUCUGUAGAAUCCGCGUUGAGAAGAUUUGAUUCUAUAGGAACUGAUCCAGAUUUUGAUGCGAGUAAAGCCUCUUGUGAAUCGAUAAGAAAAACUCCAGAUUCGACAAAAUCAAAAAGCGAAAAAAGUGUAAAAACAAAGGGGGAAAAAUCUUCGAAAAAUCUUCAAAUUAGAAAAAAAUCAAGUACUGGGACAAAUUGCGCAAUAUCAACACCCCAAAGACCAAUUCCUGUUCUUAGAAAUCAAAACAAUUCUCGAAGAAUUUCCGAGGAUUUAAAAAAUGUCGAUUAUAGCAGAAUAUCAACUGCGAGAGAUUCGAUUGAAUUGACGAGAAAUUUUAUCAGGGCUAGGUCACCUUCUUGUAAAAGAAAAUUGUUUGUGGAUUCAGAUUCUGGAUUGAAAAGAAUUUCUUCAUCGAAAUUAAGUUUCGAUGAAGAUGCUCAAGCUACUUCAAUUUUUCAGGAAAAACUGAAAGUAGCUGAAAGAGGAUUUGAUAGGAGAAAUAAAGGAUUUUUAAUUGAGAACCAAAGUCGACAGGAUUCUGUUAGGCAUUUCACUAAUAAUGAGAAGACUGGAAAGAAAAGUUUUGAAGUUUCUGUGAGGAGGGAAAUUAGGAGGCAGGUUCAAAACCAGAGUUCCUGUCAGCUAGAGGAAAGUCGAGUUUCGGGUUCAGGGACUUUCAUAAAAAAAGGAAAAAAUCGGGGAGAAAUUGAAAAUGUAAUUGUCCUCAGAAAUACGAGAAGUCCGAGUCCGGAUUUUGGUGAGAGGAAGCAAAUUAAAAGUGCAAGGCCUUCUACGAGGAGAAGUGUUUCAACUUCGCCCUCAAAAAGUCCAAAUAGUGAUCUAAGACGAGCUUCUGCAGAGUCAAAAAGUUCCGAUCUCAGCAUUGCAAGACGUCCGAUUCAUCACACUCCGAGCACAGAGGAAUCUUUUCAAAAAGAAGAAACAUCCCAUUUUUCUCAAGACGUCGUAGAUGGUCCGAUUUUCGAAGAUUCACAUAAUCCCUUAGAAACUAACGAAUUUGAAACCCUAGAAAAGAAAUGUACCGCAUUUAUUGUCGAUAUUGACGAUUCGACAGAAGUUAAAAAAACGCCCAAAAAAACAACUCCUAGAAAUGAAAGGACAGCAACACCUCGAAAAUCGAAUUCACCAACAAAUCCGGUAACUCGGCCAUCCUCUGCAUUAUCAGCUUCCAGUGUAGGAUCAGCGAAAACAAAAAUGGCAUCAAAAGUAAGAUCUGCAGCAUCCAGGGGAUCCACUCCAAAAAGUUCCGGAAGUAUCGCUAGCAGGACCGAUUGCAACGAUUCUCUGGUACCAUGCAGAAUUUGCGCUCGUCGGUUUGCCUCCGACCGAAUUAGUCUUCACGAGCAGAUUUGUGCAAAAGCUGGACAAAAGAAACGGAAACAAUUUGACGCCAUGAAAUUUCGAGUUCAAGGCACGGAACUCGAGCCUUUUGUUAAAAACGCCAUUAAAAAACCGGAGCCAAAAUCAAAGAAACCAGUGGUAAAAUCAAAUUGGCGAAAGACCCACGAGGAAUUUAUCAACAACAUUCGGGCUGCAAAACAGGUGCAGGCUCACCUGGCAGCAGGAGGAAAAUUAAGUGACUUACCACCACCACCACCGAGUGACACUAGCGAUUAUAUUCAAUGUCCUCAUUGCGGCAGAAAAUUUAACCAAUCAGCUGCCGAACGACAUAUUCCAAAAUGUCAAACCAUGCGACACAAUAAACCGAAUCCUCGCGCACCACCGAAACCUAGACGCUAAAUUAAUCAAAAAUUAAAUUUUUUAUAUACUAAUUUUAACCUCCCCUACGAUUCUUGCCUUAUUUUACCAAUCCGAGACAAAUAUUUUUCUAGAAAACUUAAAAAAAAAUUCAUUUUGCUCUUUUUUCAUAUUAAAUUUUCACUUUAUUUCACGAAAAUUCAAUACUUUUAAUU